GCCGAGGAGCAGCUGGUUCUGCUGUGCUGCGGGCCCCGGGAGGCGCCCCUCGCCGGGUCAGGGGCCGGGUCGGGCCCCGGACUCGGGGUCCCUGCAUCUCCAACGGGCGCUCCGGAGCCCUCUCCUGGAGAGACGCGGGCGGCUGCCGGGCCCUCGGGGAGGGUGAACAGCCAGAACCUGCUGCUCCUAGGCGUCUUGGUCUUCAUGCUCGGGGUUCUCAGCGCCUUUGCGGGAGCAGUGAUCGACGGCGACACAGUGUCCCUGGUGGAACGCAAGUACUCCCACUAUUGCCUGCCCCCGCGCGCGCCUGCCGCUGUCCCUGGCUCGGCCCCUGGCCCUGUAGCCCCAGGCUCCAGCACGCCGCGCGCCCGCAGCACCCUGGACAGCGCCACAUCCGCCAAAUGCCGCCAGCUGAAGGACUACCAGCGCGGCCUGGUGCUCUCCACUGUAUUCAACUCGCUCGAGUGCCUGUUGGGCCUGCUCAGCCUUCUGCUGGUCAAGAACUACAAGUCUUCGCAGGCCCGGCGCGGCCGGCGCGGCCGGAGGAGGGCAAGCCGCUCUUUGGCACGGCCGCGGGGCGGACCCGGGCUCCGCACUCAGUCGCUGGCCUCUCGGACCCGGCGCGGCCGCCGGGGCAAAAGGGGGCGGCGGCUGCAGCCACGACCCAGCGAGGCCUCCAUCCUGUCCCCGGAGGAGUCCGACUUCAACACCCCAGGAGACUGUGCGAGCUUCGCGGCGCACCACGCUGUGUCCUACAUCAACGUGGGCGUCUUCCACGCGUUUGACGAGGCGGGCGUGGAGGUGUGCUGUGGCGGGCACCCUUCGGUGGAGCUGCCGGGGUAUGCGCCCUCGGACCCCGAUCUCAACGCCUCCUACCCCUAUUGCUGUCGGCCGCCCUGUGAGGUGGCGCGCCCUUGGGAGCCUAGUCGGGCCUGCUGAGUCCAGGCCCAACCGGGCUGGGACACCCGAAAGGGCAGCAAUCGGGCAUUGCUUGGCGUCGUGCCUGCGCGUGGUUUGACACUUUUCUGGUCCGGCCUUGUGAGAUCUGCGAGACCCUAGGACACUCCGGUAUUCUCCUUUCUGUGUGAGGAGGUGUCUCCCCUCUAUGUCAUUCGUAUCCGGACUCCAUUUAAAGUUUACAAUAAAUGUUUGGGGUGGGCUUGCCAAUCACACUUCUCUUAGACAAGUCCGUACCCCCAGGACUGCGCUGGGAGGUCCUGGGUCGAAUGGGCAAGAACAGAACGCUUAUCCAAGGUGAAUUUCGUGUGGAGGACCUCAGCUGAGAGUACAAAGCAGUUGGAACUGUAGGAACAGAAGUGAAGAACAACCAACAGCAACACUUUGUACCCGGAUGUGCCUGCUUCUGUCGACACUUUCUUACUGUAAAGCUCUCCAUAAACAGUGAAAAUGUUUGGUAAAUUUAUUGCAAUUUGACAUUGGUGAGUUCCUUUAUUAAAUUGAUUGCGAUGUUAUUGGAGAAUGUCCCUCAGCUUGGAAUUAGAGGAUGUCUACACUCGAAUCAGCAUGGGGGCAAGUGGCUGAACUGGGACAGAAAAAGGCUAAGCUAGAACAGCUGUGUUCUGCUAGCUGGUUAACUGGGUGCAAUCUGUCUCCGAGCUAACUGCUGCGCGCGGAGACACUGAUGCCAGACCCCUGCAUUUCUGUUUUUGGAAACUGGCUGUAUGGUUUCUACUGCAAAGCAGUAGAAACCAGUAGGUUUUAUUUUUGGUUAAUACAUAUGAACAGUUUAAUCCUAUUUUGAAAAAUCAAAGUCCUAGUUUUUCUGCAAAGAUAAAUUUCCUGUUAACUCAAUAAUCUGGUAAUUUUGAUUAUAUAGGAUUUCAUUUAAAGUACACCACUUUAAUAGCCUUAAUGAAUGUGAAGGACAUACCUUUAAGUGAGUUUAAUAUGCGUGUAACCAUUUACACACAAAUGAAAUGAGUUCUCUAUGA